CAGUUAGGGCUUACAAAAUUUGCUUCACUUGUCAUGACCACGAAGGGAAAUACCGAGGGAAAUGCUGAAAAAGAUGGAAGUGCAUCCAAAUCCUAUUCUAUGAGUCCCCCGAAGGAGUCAACGUCGGUUUUCAGAAUCAGUGGGAAUAGAGAAGAAGAGGUUGUUGAUAAGGUCCCUCCAUAUGAUGAAAGGCAUCCAAGGGCUACAGACGUGCGGGAUGAUAGACUAACCCUGGCACCGGAAUCGAUUAAACGCGCCACAUAUAAGCAUUUUAAGGGCAUUAUGGUGCCAGUUUUUACAUGUUUCAAACAAAAUGAGACUCGUUCGUUGAACGUGAGUAACAUACCCCGAUAUGCUGAGAUGCUGAGAAGAAAUCGCGUAGUUGGCGUUUUAAUCAACGGAGUUAUCGGCGAGGGACCCACAAUGGCCGUAAAGGAACGGAAGGCGAACUGUGAGUAUUGGCAUCGGGCUGCCGUAAAGAACAAUCUGCUUAUUAUGGUGCAGGUGGGCGGAGCACCGCUUGCCGAUGUGCUGUCCUUGGCAUCGCACGCUGAGGAUAUGGGCGUGAGUGCAGUGUGCACAUUACCGGAGCUAUUCUUUAGGCCACGCGAUGUGGACCAGCUGGUGGCCUAUUGUCGACUUGUGGCGGAACAUUGUCGAACGCGGCCCUUCUUCUACUACCAUAUACCGUCAAUGACGGGAGUGGAUUUAGACAUGGUGGAGUUCUGUGCCAAGGCCGAGAAGAUCAUUCCAAACUUUCUGGGUGUUCACUUUGUUAGCAGCGAUCUGGAAAUGGGGCAGAAAUGUUUGCGAAGUGGACGUGUUAUAUUCCAGGGCUCUAGUGCUUUGGUGGCCAGCGCCCUCAUGUCCGGCUUUAAGUCCAUUAGUGUGCCAGUUACCAAUUGCCGCCCCGAUAUAGUGGAAGGCAUUUACGACGCCUACUAUGAAAACGAUCUGCGCUUGUCAAGGGAGAGACAGGACGAGCUGAAUCGCCUGAUCGAGAUACACACCCAUCGCACCUACAUGCAGAGUUGGGUGGUGUCGAUGAAGGAAUGGUUCAACAAAGAACUAAGUAUGCGUUCCCCCGAACUAAGCUUUACCACCGGGCCAGCCCGAAAAUAUUAUUAGAACAUGGGUCAUAUAAUGGAUAAGGUUCAAAUAAACCCUUUACAUCUAA